AUGGGCAGCCGGCCCCACAGCCCCAGCGCCUGCCCCGCGCCCCGCUGGGGACCGCAGCACGGAGGACCCGGCCCUGCCAAGCGCCGCCGACUGGAGGAGCCAGCGGGCCUCGGGCCCGGCGCGGUCCCCAGCCUGGGAGACUCGGCGGGCGCCCCGGGCGCGGACGCCCCCACCUCCGUGGUGGUGCUGGCCGACGGCUGUGCCCUGCAAGUGCCCCUGGACGACGUCGACCUGGUCCUGCAGCCCGCGCCCACCUCCGUCCUGCAAGUAUCCCUGCAAGGGCACACGCUCCUCCUGGUCCCCGAGGUCCUCCUGGGCGCGGGCGACGAAGGCUCGGCAGGGCGGGGCGACUCGCCUGGCGGCGUUUUUCUGGGCGCUCCCGGGGACGACGUCGUCGUCGAGCAGGCAUUCCUCCACGCAUCCGUCGCGGAGCUCGCCGCCCUACGAGAGGCCUUCGAGGAGGGCGCGGAGCCCGAGUUCCUGGCGUCCUGGAUGGCCCCUCCAGCAGGCUCAGCCGCUGAGCGCCAGCCCUGCGCUAGCAGGGUGCCCAGCCCCGACCCUCAGGGCCCCAUCCCAGAGCCCAGUCUUCUGGUCCCCAGCCCUAGUCCAGGGAGACGCAGCCCACGCCCCAUCUUCGACCUGGAAUUCCACCUUCUGGACCCCUUCCCCAGCUCACCACUCCAACCUCUACCUCCCUCCCCAAGUCCAGGUCCCCACGCGCGCCCUCCGCGGUCUCCCCGCCCUCCGUGCAAGGCCCGGAGACGCCUGUUCCUGGAAUGA